UACACUAUAAUCAUAUUAUAAUAUUAUACUACAGAAUAUAGAAUGCUGCUGCAAAAACUAGACCUCUUGGGAAAUCGUUAUUUUUUUGAUAUGGUGAAUCUGUCCCCACGUACUCCCACAUAAUAUUAUAAUAGUACGUAAACUUAAUUCAAAGUCAGUCGUGGUGAACUGGCGGAGAAAGAAAAUAAACAUUUCAAACGAUAUGACGGAUACCCUAAAUCCGAAUUUAUAUAAUAAUAUUAUAAGUUCUUGAAAACUAACAUAUAUUUGACGACAAAAAUAUGAAAUUGUAUACGUGAUAAAAAUAAAUAAGAAAUAGCGAAAAAUAUUAUACCUACGUGGUGACGGUGGCGGGUUAUAGCAGGGUCUUCGGUCGUUUUGCGUUGAUCAAUCAACGUUUCUCGGAGCAUGUUUACAGAUACACAAAAUAACAAUGACGGUGAUAAUAAUAAUAACGUAGUAAUAAUAAUGUAACAUUAUUACUAUGGGUCUCUGGGCCGUCCUUUUCUCCAACCCACCUCCUCUUUCUCGGAAUACAUAGGUUAGGCGAUGCAGACUUUUGCAUCUCCUACCGGACCACUGACGUCUAUCGAGGUAUGUUCUGACGUAUUAUUCGUCCUUGAACACAGCGAGGCUGCGGCGAGCAUCCCAACAGAGGGUGGAAAUUUCGCCGGACCGAGGCACGGACGGCGCCUGUAUUUCACUUUCUACUUAGAUCGUGUUGUGUAGGUACCUAUCCUCUUUCGACGACGAACGACUUAAUAUUUACACGAUAUCCCAUAAAGAUAUUUUGGUAAUAUAUUUUAAAUAUAACAGGAUUACAAGAUAUGCCUCUCUUCCAAUUGUUUUUCAACGGUAUCAGUGUUCAGCGAAUGUUCACUAGAUGUAUGGCCUUCAUACAUGUUUGUUAUCUAGGAACAUUUGUCCUAAUCAAAGUAUUUAAGAUAAUACAUAUUUUGUACUUUCUAUCGAUUUUUGGAUUGGCUGCCAGUUUUAAUUGGUCUUUAAAAUAUUUCCAAAUUGAAGCUAACGAUUUGUUUCUCCAAAAUUCGGAUGACAUAGCUAUUAUGUUAUUUAGUUUUAGACAUUCAUUUAUUAUUGAUUUGCUUCUAAUCAUCAAUUUUUAUCUACUAAAAGCAACAUUUAAGAAAGAUAUUUUUAGUAUCGAUGUAUGGUUGGUGGUUCAUGGAAUGUUUUUUCUAUACAUACUAUGGAAUAUCAUUAGUAUCGAUGUCUUUAAUAUUACUUAUUGUAUUUUUAUACUGAGCUAUGUUUGUGUUUAUUGUAUUUACCUGUUAUUGGUGGUAUCAUUUCGUAUGGAAGAACGUAACAACAACAUUUUUCAUAGAAUGUUUUUUUACUUUUAUCGUACAUUGUAAGCAUACGUAUAAACAUUAUUUUAUCCAUAAUAAAAAUAAAUUAAUUUAAAUUGGUCAAACCACUCAGAUCAGAGAGGCAACAUGUGUUGAGACAACACUAAAAUAUUACUGUUACUAAAUAUUGCUGUUGUAAAACUCGGCUGCAAUUCUGCAAGCGCAUGUAUAUCUACGACUAAAGCGCGGGCUAAGUAUAUUAUUUGAUGUUUGAUUUUAAACUAAUAAAAGUGUUUAUGACCAAAAAUUGUGCUUGAUGUAUUAU